AUGGCGGAUAAGCUGUGGGAUGAGAUACAAAACCUUGAGUUAGGUCCGGAGGAUCCGACUCUGUUUAUUCCACAUGAAGCUUAUGUUAUGGUGGCUGAAACCAACAGGCUGAGUAUAAUAGCAAGACCUCUCAAUCCACGGGUACAAAAUCUCUACUCUGUUAUUGCUGCUUUACCAAGAUCUUGGGGUUUAACAACUCAUGUUCAUGGAAGAGUUUUAGAUGCUACGUAUGUGCAAUUCCUGUUUCACACAGAAAUGGACUUGGUCUCAGUACAAAGGAGGGAACCAUGGCUUUUUAACAACAGGUUUGUUGCAUCUCAAAGAUGGGAGCCUGCUCCUGCUUUAAACUUUGUCACUACCAUUGAUCUUUUGGUUCAGAUGCGUGGUAUUCCCCUUCCUUAUGUGUAUGAAGAAACAGCUUUAGAGAUUGCUCAAGAGAUUGGAGAGAUUAUCUCUUUAGACUUUCAUGAUGCUACUUCAACUCAGAUUGCUUAUAUUAGAGUCCGGGUUCAGAUUGGUAUCACCGAGCGUCUAAGGGUCCCAGCUCCUCCAUUGAAUCCAGAAGAAUUAGCAGGUGCUAGUCCUUAUUUUCCAAGUUCAAGAAAUGCAGCUUUCCAACCUUACAUGGUUCCUUCUACUCAAGGAGGUGUAGGUCGUCAUCAUGUCUUCCCAGACUCUAACAUUAAUCCUUCCUCUGGAGCUGCGAUUACUUCAGGAGUUCGACGUGUUUAUGAGGUAGGAGAAUCAUUUCGUCCUUGUCCAGAUGGAGAAUCUCGCAAUAACAGGAACAUUGGGGAGUCUUCUAAACGAAAAAACUUAGUGAUUCUACAAAGUGACAAUGAGAAGGCAAACUAA